AUGGUCCAGAGUUUCGUCUUCACCAUUGAAGAAAUCAAUAAGAACCCUGAGCUUCUUCCCAAUUUCACGCUGGGCUUCUCCAUCUGGGACUCUGGGAGCUCAGAAUUGGGGGCCCUGUGGGGGAUGAUGGCCCUGGUGACUGGCCAGGGGCGCCCCAUCCCCAAUUAUGCUUGUGCUCCCCCUGAGGCCCCCCUGGCCGCUAUCCUUGGGGAGGAUCGCUCUGCCCUCUCCAUCCCCAUGGCCACAUGGCUGGGCCUCUACCGGACUCCCCAGGUGAGCUACGGCUCCACCGUGUCAGUCCUCAGCGACAAGAGGCGCUUCCCCUCCUUCCUACGCACUCUGCCCCCUGAUGAAGCCCGGGCCCGAGGGAUGGCGCUCCUGGCGGCCCGCCUGGCCUGCUACGAAGUGGGUCUCGUGGCCCAGGAGGAUGAAUAUGGGCAGCGCGGGGAGCGCGCCCUGCGGCCCGAAUUGGAGGCAGCAGGCCUGUGCGUGUACGUGACAGCUGAGCUGCCCAGCGCCCCACGCGUGGACAAGCUGCAGGAGGCCAUCCGCACCCUGACUGUGGCCCAGCCCCGGGUUCUGUUGGUCUUCUCUGGCGCCCACGAGUUUCUGCUGCUGGCUGCAGAGCUACACAAGGAACCCGCCAGCCGCCUCUGGAUCUGCAGCGAAGUCUGGGACCCGGCAGCGGUGCCGGUGAUGCUGCCCGAGCUGGCCGGACGCCAGGCCCUCCACGGGGCCCUGGCCUUCUCAGGCCAUCGAGGCUGCAUUCCCGGCUUCGCUGACUUCCUGGGGCGGCUGCACCCGAGCCGGGCCUCUGAGGACCAGUUCCUGGUGCCCUUCUGGGAGGAGACAUUUGGCUGCCGGUGGCUCCACAACUCCUCCUCCUCCUCCUCUGCAGGUAGAGGAAGAGCACCUGGUGGACUGCUGCGAGGCCAGGAAGGAAGCGGAGGAGGCCAGGAAGAGAGAGAAGAAGGCCGGAGAGGUGGGCGAGGAGCCGAGGCCGACUCCUGCACCGGCGAGGAGAGGCUGGGGGGCCAGGCGCUCCCCUUUCUGGAUAUGAGUGACCUGAGUGUGACCUAUGCAGUGGCCAAUGCGGUGUCCAGUGUGGCCCACGCGCUGCACGACAUGGCCGCGUGUGAGGCCGGGGAUGGGCCCUUUGGGGACGGCCGCUGUGCCGACAUGCCCCAUUUUCAGCCCUGGCAGUCUCUGGGCCUGUUUCUGUACAAGCACUCGGGGGAGCUGGAUGCGGCUGCAUGUGACCCCGAAGGACCCCACAGUGGAGCUUCUGUCCAGGCAAGAGCCGAAGGGAUGGAGGAACGAGCUGGUGUGCAUCCUCUCCUCUGCCAGGCCCACGGUUUGGCCCUGGACCCCAUCCCUGAAGUCACUGGGGAAAUCCGUGCCAUUCAGAACUCCCUUGAACCCAGUCUUAGGGCAUUGCCUUUGGGUGUCGAAUGCUUCAGGCCUUGCCUAAGGAGGCUGGAGCCGAAGGAACUCCUCCCACUUAAGACAGCCCUCCAGAGGCAUGAGGGGAGCUUCGGAGGCCUUCGGGGCCCUGAUCCUUGUGUCUCAAUUCAAGAGGAGGCGCAGAUCCACACCAGCGAAGGGAGCUUCUGUGCUGGUGGUGUGGGAGAGCUUUAA